AUGGCAGCGUCCUCGUUGGAGCAGAAGCUAUCUCGCUUGGAGGCCAAGCUGAAACAGGAGAACCGGGAAGCCCGCCGGCGCAUCGACCUCAACCUGGAGAUCAGUCCGGCCCGGGCUCGGCCUAUUAUUGUGAUCACUCUAAGCCCUGCUCCCGCUCCAUCCCAACGUGCAGCAUUGCAGCUUCCCUUAGCCAACGAUGGCAGCAGCCGUUCCCCCUCUUUGGAAAACUCACCCCAACACCACACACAUCCAUCACGCCCUCGAAAUAUCCUGGGCCUUCCUCCUCAGCCACCAUUCCUCAUGCACAGGAGCAUGGAGAGCAUAGAAAUUGAUCAAAAACUGCAGGAGAUAAUGAAGCAAACUGGUUAUUUGACCAUUGGAGGCCAGAGAUAUCAAGCUGAAAUCCAUGACCUGGAAAAUCUUGGUGAGAUUGGUAGUGGGACAUGUGGACAGGUGUGGAAAAUGCGCUUCAAGAAGACGGGACACAUCAUAGCUGUGAAGCAAAUGCGUCGUUCUGGUAACAAAGAAGAGAACAAAAGGAUCCUAAUGGAUUUGGAUGUGGUGCUGAAGAGUCAUGACUGUCCCUAUAUUGUUCAGUGCUUUGGGACUUUCAUCACAAACACGGAUGUUUUUAUAGCCAUGGAGCUAAUGGGCACGUGUGCAGAGAAACUGAAGAAACGCAUUCAAGGACCCAUCCCUGAGAGAAUCUUGGGAAAGAUGACUGUGGCGAUUGUGAAAGCCCUCUAUUAUUUGAAAGAGAAGCAUGGUGUCAUUCAUAGAGAUGUGAAGCCUUCCAACAUUUUGUUGGACGAGAGGGGACAAAUCAAGUUGUGUGAUUUUGGGAUCAGUGGGAGGCUGGUCGAUUCAAAAGCUAAAACCCGGAGUGCUGGUUGUGCAGCAUAUAUGGCGCCUGAAAGAAUAGAUCCUCCUGAUCCCUCAAAACCUGAUUAUGAUAUCCGUGCAGAUGUGUGGAGCCUGGGCAUUUCCUUGGUUGAGUUAGCUACAGGGCAGUUUCCCUACAAGAACUGCAAAACAGAUUUUGAGGUCCUCACCAAGGUUUUGCAGGAAGAUCCUCCUCUUCUCCCAAAUAACAUGGGAUUUUCCGUGGAUUUCCAGUCCUUUGUAAAAGACUGCCUUACUAAAGAUCACAGGAAGAGACCAAAGUACAACAAGCUACUUGAACACAACUUCAUCAAGCGUUAUGAGACACUGGAAGUGGAUGUGGCAUCCUGGUUCAAAGAUGUCAUGGCUAAGACAGAGUCACCCCGCACGAGCAGCAUCCUCAGCCAGCAUCACCUGCCCUUCUUCACCAGGUAGCCAUGUUGUGUGGCUGCUGUAUCAGAGAAGGGGUCCUUGGCUGCCAGAUCUUAAAAGAGAGAGCACCACAACAAGCACCAGCCUUCACUAGAACAACGCUCCAGUGGCAUGCAUUAUUUGCUUCACCUGCUCAGUCACCCGUGACUGUUUUGUCUUCUUCAGUAUUGCCAGGAAGAGAUGGGUCCCAGGUCUGGUCUUCCUGGAAUGGGAUUACAUUUCAGGGCCUUUGGCAUUUCAGGCACCGCACCGGACAGCCCAGCUGUACGACGCUUUGGAUGAGAAAGUACUUCCUCAGCCUCUGCUUGUAUGUUUCUGAGAUUGAGCAUCCGCCAUCAGGGUUGCCACCAGUGACAGCGUGCUCCCUGCUUCUCUCUCUC